UGAAUAAGGGCCUUGUAAGAGCAUGGGAGGAAUUGGGUUACGAUUCCGGUGGAUCCCAUGAUUUAAGUGGAGGAAAACCCAACGAUCUAGAACAGAGGAAACACCGGGUUUCACAUUCCCUCAUAUUUAGAUACCGGGUCGCAGCAGAAUACUCAGGUGGCCAAUCUUUAGGCAGGCGUCAUUAUCUUUUACUGGAUCAAGUUUAGACGACUCCGAGCACGUCCGGCAUCACUAUCUGCCUGGCAUCAACAGUGGGUUCCUGCCGUGCUUGACCUGCAACAAGAGGCCGUCGACUUGAUUUGAUUCCUGCCGGGCUUGGUAUGAACUUGGUUUAAUUUGUCUCGAUGUAUAAAUUGGACAGAGACUUUUCCUCGCCUGCAAAAUAUCUUUCUUAAUUUCCAUACCAACUAACAAGCCAGCUCGUCUUAAACUUCUCUUGCUUCCCUUCGAAGCAAAUUAAACAGCUCGUCUUCAUGGCGGAAAGCUUUAUCGUGUUCAUGUACAUGAUUUCCUUACUGCUUCACCUUCCUACUGGUGCUUCUCCGGCUGCGCCACAAUGCCACGAGGAUGAGAGGUCUGCUUUGCUGGAUCUCAAGCGAAGCUUGAAAGAAGGCCCCGAGCAUUGCUACUUCCAAUUCCUCUUGCGGGGCGAUUACAGGAAGCUCGAAUCGUGGAAGCUAGAGGAGAGUCAAGAGGGCCGUAACUGCUGUUCCUGGAGCAGGGUCCAGUGUGACGAGCGCACUGGCCAUGUGAUCGGCCUCGACCUCAGCAACGCCUGUCUUUAUGGCUCCAUCAACUCCAGUAGUAGCCUUUUCCGUCUUGUUCACUUGGAGAAUCUCAAACUUACAUUCAAUAACUUCAGUUUCUCUUCCAUACCACCCGAAAUCGGCAAUCUCUCAAGGCUCACCGUACUGGAAUUAGCUGGAAAUGUGCUAACCGGUGAAAUCCCAUCUUCCUUUGGUAACCUUACUCGACUCUCAUCUUUAGAUCUAAGUGUCAAUCAGUUGACAGGCCAAAUCCCAUCUUUCCUAGGGAGCAUCCAUCAACUCUCCGAGUUAGAUCUAGCCGACAACAAGUUGACAGGCCAAGUCCCAUCUUCUUUCCAGAACUUGACUCAAUUAUCCCGUUUAAACUUGAACCAAAAUCAAUUGACAGGCCAAAUCCCGCCUUUCUUCAGGACUCUUACCCGACUAUCUGAUUUAGAUCUGGGUGACAACCGAUUGACUGGCCAAAUCCCAUCAUUCUUAGGGAACCUCAGCAAACUCUCUGCAUUGGAUCUCAGCUUCAAUCAACUCACCGACCAGAUCCCAUCUUCCAUUGGGAACCUCACUCGAAUCUCUACUUUAGAUCUUAAACACAAUCAAUUGAUAGGCCAAAUCCCGGAUUCUAUCAUGAACCUCCAGAAGCUGAGGUAUCUGUAUUUGAGCUCCAACAGUUUAACAGGUCUUCUUCCAUCUCAACUUGGAAGCCUCAUCCACCUUGAGUAUCUCGACCUGUCUUUGAACAGAUUCCAUGGCCCAAUCCCAAGCUCAAUUUCUCAUCUCAGUAACCUUACAAACCUUGACCUUUACUCGAAACAACCUGAAUGGGAACCUGCAAUUUGGCAUGUUUUACAGGCUUAAAAGGCUCCAAUCGCUAAUCCUAUCACUCAAUGAGUUCUCCUUGCUCCCUGAGCCCAAUACAAAUGAAAGUCUUCCAAUGUUGAUGUCUUUAGGUUUGGCAUCGUGCAAUUUAAGCGAGUUCCCUGACUUUCUACAGCGACAAAAUAAUCUAACAUUCCUGGACCUUUCCUACAAUAACAUAUCUGGGCAGAUACCCAAGUGGUUCUCGAUCUUUGUAUACAUGAGAUUCUUGAACCUUUCUGGUAACUCUCUGACCAGGUUCCCACAACCGUCGGUGUUUCCGGAUUGGAAGCAGCUCUUAGGUCUUGACCUCUGGUCCAACCAGUUGCAUGGACCUUUUCGAGUAGUUCCUCUGGCAACCAUGCAGUUCUACUUCUUCUCCGAGAAUAGACUCUCUGGAACAAUAUCGUCAAUGAUAUGCAACGCGAGCAAUAUCCGGGUUCUGGAUCCGGCAAAGAACAACUUGAGUGGUGUGAUCCCACAAUGCUUGAGCAAUUUGAGCAGCACUUUGACCAUGUUAAGUCUAUACGAUAACAACUUCAAAGGAGGCAUCCCUGAGUUUCAGAGUAGCACUUGUAGCUUGAGGAUGAUAGAUUUAAGUAGCAACCAAUUGGAAGGUCCGCUGCCGAGGACACUAGCAAACUGCAGAGAGCUGGCGUUUCUCAAUAUCGGGAAUAAUAUGAUUGAGGAUACUUUUCCUACUUGGAUGGGCUUGCUUGCAAAUCUGAGGAUAUUGAUUUUGAGGUCUAACAGAUUGUACGGGCCGAUAAUGGAGCCUCAGAAUGACUCUGUGUUCCCCAUGUUGCAGAUUGUUGACCUUUCCCAUAACACAUUUGAAGGUUUCUUGCCUUCAAAGUACUUCCAUUGCUGGAAAGCAAUGAGAGCUUUGAACAUUAGCGGACUAAGCUAUCUUGGGGAAUCUAUCACAAUGCCUGUCACUUGGUUGCAAGGUUUAAUUAUAGAAGAUUAUGACUACUCAAUGGCAAUAAUAAACAAAGGCAUGGCGCUGAAUUAUGCUAAGAUCUUGGAGUACCUUAUGGUGAUUGAUCUUUCAAGCAACAACUUUACUGGAGAGAUUCCGAAAUCUAUCGGAAGCUUAGAGGGACUCCAUCUGCUCAAUCUGUCUCACAAUUUACUCAUAGGCCACAUCCCUCCUGCCUUGAAUGGUCUGACCAAUUUGGAAGCUCUCGACCUUUCUCAUAACAACUUCAGCGGAGAGACCCCCCAGCAACUAAUGGAGCUGACUUCCCUCGCAGUCUUUGAUGUAUCUUACAACCAACUUUCAGGGUCCAUACCUCGUGUGAAGCAAUUCAAUACAUUUGACAGCAGCUCUUACAAAGGGAAUGCUGGACUCUGUGGAGAGCCUUUGUCAAAGAAAUGCGCAGGCCCUGAUAAUGUGGCCCCACCAGCACCUGCAGCUGGAGAUGAUCAUGAAGGCUCGAAUACUUUAUUUGAUAAUUUUGACUGGAAGAUCAUUCUGAUGGGGUUUGCAAGGGGACUAGUCAUUGGUGUGGUUCUAGGACAAGGCAUUAACAUUGGAGGAGACAACUUGUUUGUGAGAAAGUUUGGCCGGAGAUAUCGAGGAAGACGUGCAUAGAUCAGAAAAGGAUGAGAUGUAGAGGAGAAUCAUGAUUCUGGGCAGGACCUACGGAGCUGGUAUUGCUCUACUGCUAUAUUUUGAAGCUCGAUUUCGAAGUUUCUUGUGAGAGUAAUGUUGUAGCUGGACAGGAACUUCACAUCUGUCUGCUCUGUUCUGCUCCUUCGCAUGUUUUCCCCUCCCUGUUGUAUUAUAGUAUGUUGUCUUGCAAGCGCCUGGAACCUUUCAAUGGAAUUGUCAGCCACUUAUAGAAGGUUCACCGGAAAAACCAGUGAAACUCUGUUAUUUCCAUAAUUAGCAUAAAAAAAUAUCGGUUGCUUCCCUAAUAACCCCCCUGAAAAAAGAAAAUGAUUUGUGGCUCCGUCAAUAAAUGCAGUUUCAUAUAUUACGUUGAAAUCAUUGUGCGUAAAGUAGUUGGCAAACUGUGAUAUAUGCGCAUGAUCUUAGCCUCCGCAGAGAAAGGCGUUUAGAACCCAUUGGGAGCACAUCACAUCACGACAAAAGUAUUUUCCAAUUAAGGAUAUACUUUUUGGCAUCAGCUUUAUCAAAGGCCACAUUCAGGUAGUCAAGCAACAGGCGGUCAGUGUGAGACUUGAUAUUUUUAUUCCAAAUAGCAUACUUACGUAUAUACAUACAUAUGCUUUUGUAUAUAUUAUUAUAUACAAGUUGCUGGAGGAGGAAAAAAAAAAAGUAGGAAGGGCCCCACGUGGCCCCAUUUUCCCCCAAACAAACCCAUUCCACCGCCUUCCAUUUCAUCUCAUCUAUUCUUUUUUUUUUUUUGGCUUUUCUACUCUCUGCUCUGUUUUGAGCUGUGAGAACCGAAGAAGAAACAGAGCAGCAGGGAGAGAGAGAGACGAGUGAGUGAAUGCUAGAGGAAGCAGAAAGACGGAAUGGUUAGGGAGGGAGAGAGCUACCGAGAUAGGAAAUCGUUACACAAGGAAGAGCUUAACCCUGCACUCUGUUCGGGUAUUGAUUGAUUGCAGGUAUGUGUUAUGUAAUUUUUAUUUUGUCCAUUGGUCAGUGUAUGCAAAUGGGACCAGAGAGAGAGAGAGAGAGAGAGCGAAGGAGAUGGACUUUAGCUGCAGCACUAGGAAGAAUCGUACAAAGAGGGAAGCAACGAAUGAAGUAGGUCGGAAGCUAGGAAAUAGGAAAGGCCAUCUCAGAUGUGAAGUUCAGCUUGUCUUGGAUAAUUGUCAUUUUUUUUUUGGGUAUGUAUAUCACUGAAAUCACUGUCUUUGUGUUGUGUUUGUUGUUGGUGAAUUGCCAACUGAAAUUCCCUUUUCUUGUUUGAGGGAUAGUCGAUUUGAAGUUUAUUUUUCUGUUAAAUGGGACUUGAAUGACCAGAGGAGCUUUAAACUGCCUUCAACCGACAUCUGGGAGUUCAGCUAGGUGUCCUUGAAUAUAUAUAUACGUGUGUAUGCAUGUGUAUUGUUCGCCGAGUGCUCUAUCGACUUGCGUGUCAUUUCUUCUGAAGGACUAGCUAGUAUAUGAUUUUAAUAAGGCACUAUGUGGAAAGAAUUAAAGGUUUUCGAGUGUUGAUUAGGUAAGCAUAGAGAACUGAUUUUAUAUUUGGGUUUACUAACGGACUUUUUCCUUGUUAAUCAAGUUGCCUUAUAUUAGUGAUGAAAUGUCGAACCUCCUGCAUUUGCUGGUUUGAAGAUAUUGCCUAUAAAAAUAUGUUUCAAUGGAGGAGUUUGAGUAGUAUUAUUGGUCUUGAACCUUGCUGCUCGGUGUAAGAAUAAAUUUUCUUGAGAAUAUAUACUAAUGAUUCUAAUUUCUUCUUGUGUUGAGCUUCUUGUGUUUGAUUCGGUAUUCCUUCUUGUGAAUUAAUCGAUAAUGAAUUACUUUAAGUACUAAAUUGGGAAAUGAAUUUGUUAAUUGGCUGGAGUUAGAAGUAAUAAGUUGAGUCAAGAUUUUCUUUUGAGUGGAAAGCUAGGAAAUAGGGGAAAUGCUCCUAUGGAGUUUAUUGUCGAUAUAUCAACUGAUUUGCAAAUUAUUCACAUUCAUUUGCUUAGACAAAUUUUGGGUAGAAAGCUAUAUAAUUGAUGAUUUGAGAGAAACCAAAAGCUAGCCACUGAUUUGAUAUCUUUCGUUCUUUGAUUGUUUUCAUUUUUGUUUUUCUUUCGGAUAAUAGUAUAACUUAAUUUAGAGUCAGUACCUUCAAGUUAUAUUUUCACUUUUUUUUUCUUUUCAAACAAUAUUGCUAGUUUUGUUGGAUUUCUAAGUCUGGGUUACUAUUUUUCAGGUUGGGUAAAUUUGUAAUCUUUAAUACAAUAGAUUAUGGAAUAGGGUUGGUUAUUUGUUAAAGGAAAGCUAGUUGCUGCCCCAGGUUAUCUUUGAUUGGAAUAACUUAUUCAUUGCUUAUGAUAUAAGAUUGAAGUUGGUUAAUUCUCGAUAUUCUCAAGGGCAAUUAAGUACGAAUAAAUUCCUUCUUUUGGGGCCAAAUGCGACAUGUUUUGUUAUAAAGAAUAUAAACAA